AAAACCUUCUCCACAACUUGCCCCAACAAAAAACUAAUGGACACUUCCAAACCCGCCUCCAACAUCCCAGACCCGCAUCCCAACUCAAGCGCAGCGCCAAACGCCAAAGUGCGGUCGGAUAGCCAGCAUACAGACCAGCAGUCGAGUGCCUCGCGCGAUGAGGGGAAGCAAGGGGAUGAGCAUCCGGCGAAGCAGCCAGACUUCCAGGAGCAGCCCGAGAGGACGACGGGGAUUGGAGGUGGAGAGCAGGUUAAAGGGGGGAAGGAAGGGCUGGAUGAGAGG